AUGCCGGAGCGGCGGUGCCGGUGCGGGGCGCGGGUCCCGGUGCGGGUGCGGGCGCGGGUCCCGCCCGGGCUCAUCGCGGCUCCGCGGACCGAGCGCCGCCGGCACCGCCCGCACCGCCGCCGCCCGCCGCCGGGGGGCGCGCGCGGCAGCGCCGGGCGGGCGGGGGGGCAGGAAGGGCGGGGCGGUGACGCGCCGCGGGGGGGCGCCCGCCACUUCCGGGCGGCGGCUGAGGGAGGAGGAGGAAGAGGAAGGGCCGGGCCGGGCCCGGAGAGCCGGGAUGUGCCCGAGGCGUUCGGGCACCGUCACGGCGCUGCGCUGGGCCGGGCUCGCUCCCGGGUGUCCCCGCCUCGGCCCUCAAAGCUCCGGCCCUCACGGCUCCAGCCCUUCCCAGCCCUCAUGGCCGCAGUGUUCUCGGUCGUGGCCUCCUCCCUGGCAGCGCCUGGGAAAUGGAGGUCCAUGUGUGCCUCAUAUGAAGUAGUUUUUAAGAGGAGGAAGGGAUUCAGGAAUCUUAGAGAUCCUGUCAAGGCCUGCUCCAAGGACUGUUACCGACACCUCUUCCCACCUUUCCUGGCUUUUCCCCUCCAGGAGUCAUGUGUGGAAGGCGAUGGAGGACGAGCCAGGACGCCGCUCGCCUUUGUUUCUAAAUUCUACCUUGCAGCAGUUCAUCUUGUUGAAAAAUUACUUGUUCUGGUGAUAAAUGCCAAAUCCAGCUGUGGGUGGAACUCCCAGGAAAAGGGGUGGCUCUGUGUCCCUGUGUGCUCUGGGCUCUGCCAGCAGAAGGACCGGGGCAAUGAUAUCAGUGCCAGGUCCAUCCUCAGCAUCUCUGAAUUCCAACUUUGUACCUCAGAACCCCCAAGUUGUAUAGCAGCAAAUUUACUACUGGGUGUAAGUGACCAGGUUUUUAGGGCCAAAUCCUGCAUUUUUGGCUUCUCUUGGAAGCCUGGGCACAAAGCACUUGACUGCAGCUGGGAAUUCAUCACCUCUCUCCCUGGACAUGCAAAUUUUACUGGAACUCCCUCAGCUAACAAUGAAAUGAAAGAGAACAUGACCAGAGCUCCAGAAGAAGGAAAAAUGUGUUUGCUGGAGGGCAGGAAAACCCUGGAGCUGUUGAUAACUACAAGGCAUUCUGAUGAAACCAGAAAAAGUGGAUUAAAAGGAAUGAGGUUAUGGAGCAUGAAAAAAUAUUCCAAAACAACUAUGGAGGAGGAAAGAGGAGUUUCUGUUCUGACCCUGGUCCCACAUUCCCUGCAGCCUCUGCUCAUUGGGAGAGCAGGGAAUCGCUGCUGCAGCUCCCUGCUCCCGGCAGCGCGGGAGGGAUGAGCCGAGAUUGAAAUCGUUCCCUACCAUUGAUGUCAGGACGACUCCAAGACCGGCUCCGGCUCCAUCCACAUCACUCCUACACCCCAUCUCUGCAAGGAAAAGUAAUCACUUGUCUUACCUCCGGGUUUAAUUAGUCCCUGCUCCGGGGCUAAUUAGGAGCGCGGUCC